AUGGCCCAGAUCCGUGGCACUGCGGGCUACAACCUCGGCCACCAGAACCCGUUCGGUGGACCCGGCAGCGCCGAUGCCACCAGCGACCCCAGCCCACUCGACGCCAUCCGCGAACAGACUAGCAAGAUCGAGGACUGGCUGGACACCCUAGCCGACCCAGUGAAGCCGUACCUGCCCGCGAUCGGUCGUUUCCUGAUCGUAGUAACCUUCCUCGAGGACUCGCUGCGCAUUCUCACACAAUGGAGCGACCAGCUCCUCUACCUUCGUGACUUCCGGAAAAUUCCGUGGGGAAUCACUCACAUGUUCUUGAUCGUCAAUGUUAUCGCUAUGUCCGUCUGUUCUGUUAUGGUGAUCGCCCGCAAACGCACCGAGUUUGCCGUGGCUGGUUUGCUAGGCGUUGUUAUCUCCCAGGGCCUCGGAUAUGGACUCAUCUUUGAUCUGAACUUCUUCUUGCGCAACCUGAGUGUUGUCGGUGGUCUACUUAUGGUCAUCUCUGACUCGUGGGUGCGCAAGAAGUUCGUUCCCGCGGGUCUGCCCCAGCUCGACGAGAAGGAUCGCAAGAUGUAUGUGCAGUUCGCCGGUCGCGUUCUGUUGAUUUUCCUGUUCAUCGGAUUCGUCUUCUCUGGUGAGUGGAGCUUCUGGCGCGUCAUUGUCAGCGGAUUCGGUCUCAUGGCUUGUGUUAUGGUCGUUGUUGGCUUCAAGGCCAAGUGGAGCGCCAUCAUUCUUGUGGUGCUUUUGAGCGUGUUCAAUGUGCUGGUCAACAACUUCUGGACGCUGCAUCCCCACCACCCUCACAAGGACUUUGCCAAGUACGACUUUUUCCAGAUUCUGUCGAUUGUCGGCGGUCUCCUUCUCCUGGUCAACAUGGGCCCUGGCCAACUGAGCAUGGACGAGAAGAAGAAGGUCUACUAG